AUGGUGCAGUUGAAAAUGUUUAUGUGGUACCAAAGGCUUGGUUCAGUGAGUCUUCCGUCUCCGGAUUUAGAGACUGCAGGCAACCCAACCGGAGAGCGCUGUGGAAAGACUUGCGUGGAAGAGCGUGAUAAUCAGUGGUUGGGUGUCAGCUUAUCAAGGCAGCCAAAAGAGAAUGGAUCUAUCGUUGCUUGUGGACAUAGAUGGAAAAAUAUCUUUUACAUAAAAAAUGAACACAAACUCCCUUACGGUAUUUGUUUUGCCAUCUCUUCUGAUUUUCGAACUGAUCUGAGUAGAAGAAUAUGCCCAUGCUAUAUAGAUCAUGUGCGGAAGUUUGGAGAAAACCACGGGUCAUGCCAGGCUGGAAUGUCUAGUUUUUACAUUGAGGACUUAAUUAUAAUGGGAGCCCCAGGAUCAUUUUAUUGGACUGGUUCUGUUUUUGUAUACAAUACAACUGCAAAUACAAUCCAUGAUUAUACAGAUUCAAAUAACCAAGUGAAAUUUGGCAGUUAUCUAGGAUACUCUGUUGGAGCUGGGCAUUUUUUGACGGCGGCUAGUACAGAAGUAGUUGGAGGGGCUCCCCAACAGGAGCAGACUGGUAAAGCAUACAUUUUUAGCAUUGAGAAGCAACUGAAUAUUCUAUUCGAACUAAAGGGUAAAAAGCUUGGUUCUUACUUUGGAGCUGCAGUUUGUGCUGUGGACUUGAAUUCAGAUGGCCUCUCAGACUUGCUAGUUGGUGCUCCAAUGCAAAGUACAAUCAGAGAAGAAGGAAGAGUUUACGUUUACAUCAAUUCAGGUUCUGAGGCAAAGAUGGUAGAACUAAACAUAGAGCUCGGGGGGAGUGACUUAUAUGCAGCCAGGUUUGGAGAGUCCAUAGCCAAUCUAGGAGACAUUGAUAACGAUGGUUUUGAAGAUGUAGCAAUUGGGGCUCCACAGGAAGAUGAUCUAAAAGGAGUUAUUUAUAUAUACAAUGGCAGGGAAGAUGGAAUAACUCCAUCAUUUUCACAGAGAAUACAAGGGCACCAUGUCAGUAAUGCUUUGAGCAUGUUUGGACAAUCCAUAGCAAGUGGCAUUGAUGCAGAUAACAAUGGUUAUCAAGAUGUAGCAGUUGGUGCAUUUCUCUCCAAUUCUGCUGUGCUGCUGAGAACAAAACCAGUGAUAAUUGUUGAAGCUUCUUUAAAACACCCUGAUUCAAUAAAUCGAACUAAUUUAAACUGCAUGGAAAAUGACCAGCCGGCUGUCUGUAUGAAUUUAAAGAUAUGCUUUACAUAUACAGGACGAGAGGUACCUGGCUAUAUUGUUUUGUUUUAUAAUGUGAGUGUGGAUGUGAACAGAAAAGUGGAUACACAAGCAAGAUUUUAUUUUUCUUCCGAUGGAACAUCUGAUACAACCUCUGGAAAUAUAAAGAUUUAUAGCAAGAGCAUUGCCUGCAAAGAUCAUCCAGCAUUUAUGAGGAAAGAUGUAAGGGAUAUCUUGACUCCUGUACAUGUUGAAGCAAGUUAUCAUCUGGGGCGUCAUAUUCAACAGAAAAGAAACAACGAAGAAUUUUCACCGCUUCAGCCAGUUCUUCAAAGGAGGAAAGAAAAAGAUGUUGUAAAAAGCAAGUUUGUUUUUGCAAGGCUUUGCUCCCAAGAAAAUUGUUCUGCUGACUUGAGAGUUUCUGGAAAAGUGGCUUUUCCAAAGCCUAAUGAUAAGAAAACAUAUCUUGCUGUUGGAAGUACGAAGACAUUAUUGCUGAACAUUUCUCUGCUCAAUAUUGGAGAUGAUGCAUAUGAAACUGUCCUCCACAUUCAGAUCCCUAAAGGCCUUUAUUUCAUCAGAGUUUUAGAACUGGAAGAAAAAGAGAUACAUUGUGAUGUAUUAGAUAAAGAAAUUCAUGCAGUGAAACUUGAAUGCAGCGUUGGCUAUUUAUAUGUAGAUCAAAAAUCAAAGCUGGAUUUUAGUUUCCUCUUGGAUGCAAGCUCAUUUACCAGAGCAGAAGAUGACCUCAACAUCACCAUUAAUGCUACCUGUAAAAAUGAAGAAAUGAGUAUGUUGCUGGAUAACACUCUAACUUUAACUGUACCUCUAAAAUAUGAGAUUGACUUAAAUGCUCAUGGCUUUGUUACACCAGCUUCAUUUUUUUAUGGAACGAAUGAGAAAGAUUCACCAGUUACUUGCAUGAAGGAGAACAUCAACUUCACUUUCCAUGUUAUCAGUGCAGGACCAAGCAUGGCUCCAAAUAUAAACUUGGAGAUAAUGGUACCUAAUGCCUUUCCACCCCACAACUUCAAAUUAUUCAACUUGCUGGAUAUCAAGACAACUAUUGGACAAUGUUCCUAUAAUAAAUAUCCUAGAAAUUGUAACGCAGCAGAGAAAAAUGACAACAUAUUAAAGGAUCUUGUCACUUUCUUUUCAAAGCCUGAUAAGAGACAAAUGUACUGCAUGAAAAAUGACAGUCUUUGUUUACAAAUAUACUGCAAGCUUGGAAACAUGGAAAGUGGAAAAGAAGCAACUGUUCAGUUCCAUUUGGAGGCUACUCCUUCACUUUUAGAAAUGGAUGAUGCAUCAGCAUUGAAAUUUGAAGUAAGAGCAACAGCAUCACCAGAAAAAAAUGGACGAGUUAUUGAACUACACAAGGACAAGCAAGCUGCAUAUGUGUAUUUGGAAGGGGUGCACCACCAAAAGCCAAAAUACCGUGUUACUGUCCUGAUUAUUGGGAUAGGUUUAACAGUUGGUGUUACGUUGUUUUUGCUUCUUUCAUUUAUAUUAUGGAAGAUUGGCUUCUUCAAAAGGCAAUACAAACCGGUCCCUCAAGACCAGAGCAGAAGAGACAGCUGGAGUUUUACAAGUGGGAAUAAAGAGGACUAAGAAAGAUGGCAAAUAAAUAAAAGCUCUCGUCAAAUGAAGAAUUUAAAGUUCAGGUUAAGUAAGUCAAGUCACAUGAGGAACAUCAAUGACAGUUAUGAGCAUACUCGCUCUUAGAAAAUACAUUUUAUUUCCCUGACCUGUGUGAAAGGCUACACCUUAAUGUGCAGUUACUUUUCUAUCAUGAAAAUGGCAAAACAGUUUUUGCAUUGAAGUCUUACAGUAAUAUUUGAAAUGCCAUACAUCAUCUCUGGUUUCAGACAGAAGAACACUAAAGAUAGAUAGAAGAACUACUUACCAGAAAGAAGAAUUCUUGCAAAGUGGUAAAGCUUGGCAGAUCCCGAGCAAUGCGAUUUCAACCAUAUUGGCACAAAUAAUUCUAUUAGUUUUCAUGUAGCAAUAAUCUUUUGAUUAGCCAUUCAAGAAGGAGUCCUCCCUCAUCUUGCUUUGGCAGUUUAACAAGGGUUUAAAAAAAAAAAAUGGCUUAAACAGAGUAGGAGACCCUAUGUAGAAUACAUGCAUUUAGAAAACAGCUAUCAAUCAGAAGCUCUCUUGGGCUUCUGAAGGUAACAUCACAAGCUUUGCUUUCACAGGCACAACUCUGACAAUGCUGAGGUUUACACCCAGGCAAUCCAAAGCCAGUAAGGUCAAAGGUGGAUUUAAAGCAGGGAAUUUUGUGUUGUAGCUUGAAGAUGCAGCACAGAAUCCUACCUCUAACAUAGAAAGAGUAACUUAUUGGAGAGUGUAAUUUGUAGUCUGUUUGCAUUGUAUGUGCAAAAGUGACAGCAUUAGUUAUUUCUUCCUUUCCUUAGGUAACAGUGCCAUGAUGUUUUGGGCUUCUGUAGUGAAAGACUUCCCUGUAAGGUUUUUUUUUUUUUUUAAACAAUUAUUUAUUUUUAUUUAUUUGAAGAUUUUUUUUUUAAUAGUGUUUAGCAUCAUGGUAUUUAGUACUGUUAUUCUUCCAGAACCUGAAAGAAUUCAUUCAUAUAUGAUAAAACAGAGAGAGAGAGAGAGAGAGAGAGAGAGAGAGAGAGAAACUCACCCAAAACACUCCAAAUGCCAGCCUCCUUACUGGGCCAAAUUUUAUCUUUAGAUGCGCCACAUGCGACCUGAAAGUAUUCAGGUCAUUUGGAAUGCUAGCUAGCUUGAGUUCUUUGCAAGUAGGUGUUUUCAAAUAAAUAUCAUCCAAACUGGCAGCCUCAGUGGCCAUUCAGUGGAAAGGCAAAGGACUGAAAAGAAACAUGGUCCAAAGCAUUACUCUGCUAUUACAAGAAGUUUCUUCAGCGAGUUAAGUUUGCACUGCCACCUAGCUUUGGUGAAACAAUACAGAGCAAGAGGAAAAAAAAUGGGUUUGUUCCCCAGCACAACUGGAGAAUAUAUAGCUUCAUCAAUAAGUGAACUCAUUGCAACAGCAGCAUGUAAUAUAGCCUUUCUUGCCUUAUCUUUGAUGUCUUUCUGAAAUGCUAGGAGAAAUGAAUGUAAUAUGUGCAUACCUUUUGAAGCUGCAUCAGCAUAUGGGAAUUAGCCUGUGACUCAAAAGCAAUACAGAGUGCCUGCAACAAGCAGUUUUGUUAAUAGAGUAUAUUUUGUGCCAUAAAAGCCACAUUGUCCAAAGAUUCUAUGUAUUGGGGAUUGUUUUUCUGUGUGAGAUGAGCACUCAUUUGAUGCCAAAGACAUGGCUCACUCAAAAAAAA